AUGUCAGGCCUUGAAGUGAUUGGCGGCAUCUCUGCCGUCAUUGGUAUCAUUGACACCUCAGUCAAGGUCUACAAGUCUGUCCGGAAUGAUGUCAAGUUACCGAAGACAUUCGAAGUUGUCGGGCAACGACUGCCUAUAAUCCUCAAUACCCUCCAAAAUUACAAAAGCCACCUAGAGCCAGUCAAAGACUCCAUGCCACACGAUGUCUGCAAUGCGUUGAUGGAGAUGAUCGACACCUGUGAUGAAAGGGCCAACAGAAUAAGAAGGAUAUUUGAAAAAGCCAUCCCGGAGGAAAGUGAUACAAGGCAGACGCGAUACCGAAAAGUGGUCCGGAGAAUUGGGAAAGGGAAUGAGAUUGAGGAGCUCAUGACAGAUCUCACUCAAGACGUCCAAAUUCUUGUCAAUCACCACGGAGUCAGACCCGUCGGGCCCGAGCAAAACGCUGAAAUCGCACAUAUUCUUGAGGAAAUGAAAUCCCUCAAAUCCUCAGAGGAUUCCUUUCCUAUGUUUUUUGACAGAUGUGGAGGUUCACAAACAAACAAUACCCACGGCAGGAUUGGGCAGCAAAUCAACAACAAUGCACCUGUUACAACCCAGAACAAUGCACCUAUUACCACCCAGAAUCACUAUAUGGGUAAGAGUGUCUUUUAUUGGGAUGGUUUCUCAUGA